AUGUCAACAUUUGCCCAAACAGGUCUUGCCCUUGGCGUCUGGGCUUUGUUGGUUAGUCUUGCAUUUUUAAUUGCUGUGAAAUUGGCGAUCCUCCAAAGGCAUCCACUUCAUCAAUUUCCCGGUCCAUUUACAGCCCGUUUCAGCAACUUAAACCAUUGUUACAUCUUUUUAAGGGGAAAGCAGCCAUAUGAGUUAUUGAAGCUGCAUCAGAAGUACGGUCCAGUCGUAAGGGUUGCACCGAACGAGCUCUCGUUCAACACCGCUCAGUCAUGGAAAGACAUCUACGACAAGCGCAAAGGUCAUGAAACAUUCACCAAAAGUGAUUUCUACGACGGUGGCAAUUUCGCUGCUGAAGCGCACUCUAUAGUGAGCGUGCGGGACCCGGAGGAGCAUGCCCACAUGCGAAGAUACUUGCGCGAUGCCUUCUCUGAUCGCUCACUUCGCGAGCAAGAGCACUUAAUAACCGAGCUCAUCAAUAGUUUUGUGGACAAGAUAGGCGAGUUUGGGGACAAGCCAUCUGGUAUUGACAUCGUCAUGUGGUUUAACCUGGUGACCUUUGACAUUAUUGGCAGCCUUGCCUUUGGCCAAUCUUUUGGCGGCAUCUCCUCCGGCGUUGAGAAUGCCUGGGUCUCCAUCAUAGUCAAAAGUCUUCGGAUGGGGGCUAUGGCAGACUGCUUCAGGAGAUUCCCACUAAUAGGGAACAUCAUAAAGUCAAUGUUUCCACGUCUUCUAAAACAAGUGGUACAUGAUGCAAGAACGCAUGAAAAAAACACGAUGGACCUUGUCCAAAGGAGGAUAAACCAACCGACUGAUCGCAAGGACUUCCUGACCAAAAUUCUUCAACAUCGACACACCGACUACCUUUCUGAUGUUCAAAUCGCAGCUCAUUCAUCUGAUUUUGUGUAUGAAACCCCUAAGACGUUUCUGCUUCUGUUCGCUUUCGCUCGGGACAAGGGAACUACACGGGUGACUACUCGGCCGCUUGCUGACAGGCACUACAGGAUUGCGGGAAGCGAAACGACUGCCACGGCUCUUUCAUGUGUUACUUACUAUCUUCAGAAAAACCCUGAGAACCUAGUUCGGCUACGUGAUGAAGUCCGUGACUACUUCAAGUCAUUUGAUGAUAUCGACGAUGCGUCAGCUACGGGCCUGCCGUUCUUGAACGCUGUAAUAUUGGAAGGGAUGAGAAUGUAUCCACCUUUGCCGUUUCCGCUCCCGCGAGUUGUUCCUUGUGAUGGCGAUACAAUUGACGGAUACUUCGUGCCUGGAGGUACUGUGGUUUCCACCAACCCGUUCGCGUCGUCAAUGUCGCCCUCAAACUUCCACGAUCCCUGGAUUUUCAAGCCCGAAAGAUGGAUGGAUUUGACAAACAAAGAUGUUCUUUCCUCAAGCCAACCAUUUUCUCUCGGUCCGCGAAGCUGCCUUGGCAGAAGUCUCGGUUGGUUAGAAAUGCGCACAAUACUGGCCAAAAUUCAUUACAGAUACGACCUAGAACUGGUUGAUCCGAAACUUGAUUGGCAUGCUGGGUCGGAAAUGCACACUCUCUGGAAGAAACCGCAGAUGAACGUCAUUGUACGCUCGAGAUCAGAUUGUGAUACUGCACAUAACUAACGCCUUGUUUUUUGGAUCUAUAAAAUCUUGAGCUAUU